AUGGCGUCUAAAGGAACUCCAUCAUCUACAAGAAAUAGACCUGCUUCUGUGGAAAUUGGUAAAGCUUCUAGAGGUGGACAAUAUACUGACGAACAUAAUAUAAUAAAAUUUACCAGAUAUAAUGACAAACCGGAGAACGGAUAUACAAAAUAUGUUCAUACAGUUCCUGAUAAUUGUUAUGUUAAAACUAUAAAACAUGAUAACAAAGAUCAAAAUGGAUUUGAUCUGAAAAGUCAAGAAUACACAGAAGUUACUGUCUAUUUCAUAGAGUAUGAUAAUUCUAGCCUUUUACCACUCGUAGUUGGUAUUACAAAGGGUAAUGGUACCUAUGAAUACUUUAUCAAGGAAGAGUACUUCAACACUUCUGAUAGAUGGAAGAAAGAUGGAGAAAUUAAAAACGAUGGGACCCUCAAAAACAGACUUGCAGAAAUAAAUAAGAAGACUUCUGGCUUAAUGGUGUUAAAAGUGGACGCAAAUGCAGAUAGUAAAUACUACGCUAACGGGGAUAUCCAAGCUCCAAAAGUCAAUGACAAGAUUGAAAUAUCUGUUUCUCAAAGCUUUAAUAGCACAAAUACCUACAAAAUAUUUACUCAUAAACCAAAGGAUGGUAAGAUGCGAGUGUUAACUACAAGGAAUGCCAGUGGUAACUUUUACCCAUUCAAUCCAGACAACGCAUAUAUUACCGAGUGCGAUAGUAUCUUUUUAUAUCACUGGUAUAAAGAUGAGGGCAAUAACAGGGUACUUAUUCUCGAGCUGAAAUCUUCUGGAAAUGCAAAGUACUUCAAAUUAGAAGGGGGUAAAUGGGUACCUGAAAACACAACAGAAACUCUUGAUACUGCACUCAGGAGAGAAAACUGUAUUAGAAAUGGUUUACAUGCUGUAGAUCUAGAUAAAAAUACCAGUGGUCCUUAUCCAUGUCCUAUUUGCAAAACUACCAUUAAUUUAACAUCACAAACUCCAGAAAACGCGUAUACGAAAUGUACCCAUAGUAUUAAUAAUAGUAACUUUAGAAGCGUUAUCUCUAAAAGAACAGACCAAGAUGGAAUAAAUAUUUCUUCUGGUAUUAAUAAAGUUGUUGUAUUUCACUUUCCUCCUAGCAAACCAAGUCCUAUCCUCAUUUGCAUUCCUUCCCUGGACAAAAGGUGGUACAAAAAAAGCACCAAAGAUGGAAACAAAUGGGAAAAGAUAAUGGAAAAUACACCAACCAACGAACAUGACACUUCAAAGAUAAGGGAACUUCUCAAAAAAAUACAAGGUGAACUUAAAAAAUCUCCCACUCCAUCUGAAUCUUCAACAAGCCAGAGUGGAGGUACUACCACGAACAAAGACACAGAGAAAACUACCAGAGGUGUAGAAACUACAACACAUACCGCUAGCGGAAGUGGAGGGAAUAUAACAUCUGAACAAAAACCAUCUCAAACUACCAGUCCUCCUCCCUCCUCUGUUGCCGCUCAGAAAGCUGAAUCUUCCCCCGUAGGCAUAGUAGUUGGAGUGAUUGUAGGAGUAGUUCUUGUAAGUCUUGUCAUUUACGAAGGCUUUAUGCUUCGCAGGAAUCCAGAGAAAAGCAUUACAACGAGAGUCAUGAGCAAACUCAGAGGCCGAAAAUAUCCACCUAUAACACACGAUAACAUGCAUGUUCCGUCAUAA